CCAAACACGCAGUCUUAAGUUUGACAAGUAGAUUUAUGCUUCAUUUUUUAUAAUUUUCUACUUUUCUUAACAUUAGUAGUUACAAUUUUAUGAUCUUGAUCAACAAAAAAGAACUUGUAUAUAAUUCUGUAUCUUGCAGUAUUGUUUUAAAUAAUAUUUAGGCGCGAAAUAUUUUCUUUAUCGGUGUGAUAUUUGGAAGUACGAAGAAACUCGUAAGUUAUAGGAAUUGACAUGUGCUCGUUUUGCAACACUUAUAAUUUUAUACAAUAAAGUUAUACUGCACGUUUUUAAAAAUAGCACUCAUUUAUAUUAGCCAAUUUGAAUUGGUGACAAAGACAUUCCAAGAAAGUUGUUACUAGUAUCAAAUCAAGGAAUUAUUGCAAAGCAUCUCUUCAUAAAAAACUUAUCUAAGAUGCCUGUUGAAUGGGAAGAACCAAGUAUUAAGCCCACAGAUGCAUUUAAGAAUUUUUCAAAUGACCGCUCUGUGAAUGAUAAAAAACGUUCAUUACAUAAUUAUAGUAUAUCAAGUAAUGAAGAAAUCUAUUAUGAUUCUUGUGACGAGUUCUCAGAUUCAUCAGAAGAUUUACCAAUAGGGGAAUGUGUGCCUGAAACACCAGAAAAAAGUAGAAAUAAAGUUCCUGUAAGAUAUGCUAUACCAUUGCCUAGAAUACAAAAGAAGAAGGGAAAAUUGUUAAAUGCAUCAUUCACUGAAAAUACCCCAUCUCCAGAAAUAAAACAAGGUUCUGAGAAAAUUUUAAACAAUUUAAUACCAAAUGACAUUAAUAAAAGUGAAAGUUUAAUCAAACCUUUAUCAAAAGUUAAAAUAAGCCUUUUCCAAGACCGAGAUUCAAAUUCUAAUGUAAGUACAAGUCUGAACAAAUCUGUUAAAGAUAUUAAAGAAAAAUACCAACCACCAAAGAUAAAAACACCACCAAAUACUCAAAAAUCAUCUUAUUACAACCCUUCAUAUUACAAAAGUAGUGCUAAGAAUAAAAAAGCAAUGGAUAAAAAGAAAAGAAGAGAUGGUGGAAUAAAUUUUGGAGUUGGGCAUGGAAUAAAAAAACCAAAACCCAAGCCCAAACCAGUUAUUAAUAAAGCAAAAAUUGAACAAAUAAAAGGCAAAGAUAGCAAAAUAAUUAAUUCUAAUAAUAUCAAAGAAAAUGCUACUGUAGUAAAUAAAGUGAUAAAUACAAAAAAAAGUAAUAAUCCAGAAACUUUGCAAAAAGCAAACUCAAAUCUUAGUACAGACACUUUCAACAUGUCAACUGAGGAAAAAUCUAAAUCUUAUUCUUUUGAGGAAGAUGAAGCUGUAAAAAAGAUAGAUGUAGUUAAUAUAAUAAAUAAACUUGAGCAUGAAGAUAAAGAAGAAAAUUUAAAAAAUAAAAUCAGUUAUACAAAUAAUGAUUUAUCAACUACGUGUAAUGAUAACUCAUAUAAUGUAAAAACAAGUAUUAUAACAAAAGAAGCUAUGGAUAACAAUCAAGAAUGCCCUACAGAACAAACAAGUGUUGAUUCAAUUAAAUUAUCUAGUUCUUCAACAAGUUCAAAAGAUUCUAGUAACAAUACAGAAACACAAGAAAAAUAUUUUCCCUUAUUUUCCAAGAAUUUUAAUCCAACUUCUAAAAAUAAUCAGAUGACUGAAAAACAAACAACUAAUGUUUUAAAAUCCAUGAAAGAUAGUGAUUCUGAAAAUCAAUAUCAAAUAGAUGCAGGUCAAAACAAAUUUGGAGCCAUAAAAUGCAGUGAGUGUAAAAUGAUAUAUCAAAUUGGAGAUAAAAAAGAUGAGACUGCCCAUUACAAUUAUCAUAAUACUUAUAAAGUAUUAAAAUUCCAGGGCUGGAAAAAAGAACGCAUUGUUUAUAAUAAUGAAUUAGCAGAUGUGCGUAUUAUAUUGGUAGAAUCUCAUGAUCCAAGUUCUCAUUGGAAAAAAGUUUUUGAAAUUUUUCAUAUUGCUAAUGAAGACUUGGGUUUCUCUGAUUUUACAAGUGAAAAUGUUGAAACCAAAAAAGCAUACCUGUACAUAGAGAAAAAAACAAUUGUAGGUCUAUUGAUAGGCGAACAAAUUAAAUCAGCUUAUACUGUAUUACCAGAUUUAGUACCAGGUACAACAUGUUGUUCAAAUGAAUCUACAGAUGCUAAGUGUGGGAUUUUUCUUGUGUGGACAAUUGAAAGUCAUAGAAGAAAGGGUAUUGCUUCAAAAAUGAUUGAUAUUCUCAGAUCAAGCUAUUACUAUGGUAUAAUCUUGUCUACAGAAGAUAUUGCUUUUUCCACGCCAACUAUUAGUGGAAAAGAAUUUGCUAAGAAAUACACUAAAACAUCUAGUUUCAAAGUUUAUUAAAACUGUUUAAAAUUUUGUUGAAACUGUUAUAACUUGUUUUAUAUGAGAGUAUGUUAAUAAUAACACUCUAAGACUUCUGUAUAUUCAUACAACAUUUUGAUAAAUUUAUAUAUUUUGUAUAAAA